AAAAGUAGAAGCCUGCCAAAGAAUAGUUGGCGCAGGCGUACCAGUUUCUUUCCUCCUAAUUUUUAUCUGCUCAUUGACUUAUAUGUCUUGAUUUCAUAUAGCCAAUCUGAGCUUAAAAUGUUUCUGCAUAUCGUCUGCUUGCUUUCGCUGGCGGUAGCACUCCCUUCAAAUGUCGCCACCUCCCCUAAGCCUGGCUGCGAAAGUACAUGUGGAAACCUACAAGUUCCAUAUCCAUUCGGCAUUGGAAUCGGGUCGAAUUGUUCUAUGAGCUCAGACUUUGAUAUUUACUGCAAUACUACUGACAACCCUCCAAGGGCCUACCUUACCCGUGCCGCUUCUCCCUUUGAGGUUGUAAAAAUUUCAGAAACUAAUAUUUAUGUUAAGAACUGGAGGCAGCAGCAGAUUGUGGCAUGUUAUGCCUCGAGAGAGUAUUUUUCGUUAGAAAUAGACUACUUUGCUAAUAGUCCAUAUACCUUGUCUGAUGCAAAUCAACUUACAGUCUUUGGUUGUGAUGACUUGGCUAUUGGACAGCAUUUAUCAAGCGAUUCAAACUAUUCUGCCUACGGUGCUGGUACAUCUUGUGCGCCCUACUGUGAGAGUCGGGAAGUUUCCGGUGGUACCGGAUCUUGUCCUGGCAAUGGCUGUUGCCAGACCUCCAUAUCCAAAGGUAAAAAAUUUAUGAUGACUCGCCUAAUCAACAUGGAGCGGAAUUGGCAGCGACGCAAACUCUUUUCAUGCAGCUUUCUAUCCCUUGGAAUGAUGAACAUAACUGGUUUCACUUUCCGUUUAUCUGACCUCAAUGAUUCAACAUUUCUAAAUAAGUAUCCAGCAUUUACGGAUAUACCAUUGGUCUUGGACUGGAGGAUUGGAUCCCAAAAUUGCUCCGAAAUGCUGAGUUCUAGUAGUUAUGCAUGCAAAGAGAACAGUUAUUGUGAUGAUUCUCUUGCCGGUGUUCGAGGAUAUAAUUGUAGGUGCAUGAAAGGAUACGAGGGCACCCCUUACCUUAGCCCUGGAUGCCAUGAUAUUAAUGAAUGCAAGAAUUCUCCAUGCCACUCAAAUGGGAUAUGCAUCAAUACACCAGGAUCCUUUCAUUGUUAUUGUCCGAAUGGUUAUUAUGGUGACGGAAGCAAAAAUGGUGCUGGUUGUAUACGGAUGCCGGGAUCCAACAGCAAAGUGGCAAUAGGGGCAAGCUUGGGUGCAGGAAUGGGAUUUCUCCUACAACUAUUGACUUGCUUCUGGUUGCUUAAAUUUCUGAAAAAGAGGAAGAACAAAAAGCAAAAAGAAGAAUUCUUCAAAAGAAAUGGUGGCCUUCUAUUGCAGCAACAAAUAUCAAAACAUGAAGAUAUACUUGAGAAAACAAGACUUUUUACUGCUAAAGACUUGGAUAUGGCCACUGAUCACUUCAAUGAAAGCCGAAUACUUGGCCAAGGAGGGCAAGGGACAGUUUAUAAAGGUAUGUUAUCUGAUGGAAAACUUGUAGCAGUGAAGAAAUCUAAGUUGGUAGAUGAAAACCAGGUGGAGCAGUUCAUUAACGAGGUUGUCAUACUCUCAGAAAUCAAUCAAAGGAAUGUAGUAAAGCUAUUGGGAUGUUGUUUAGAAACAGAAGUUCCUUUGCUAGUGUAUGAGUUCAUUUCAAAUGGAACCCUUUUUGAUCUCAUCCAUGAUGAUAGUGCUGAGUUCCCCUUUUUAUGGAACAUGCGCUUAAAAAUUGCAGUAGAAGUUGCAGGGGCACUUGCUUAUCUUCAUUAUGCAACUUCCGUUCCCAUCUAUCAUAGAGACAUUAAGUCUAGCAACAUACUUUUGGAUGAAAAGUAUGUAUCAAAAGUUUCAGAUUUUGGAACUUCAAGAUCAAUUGAAGUGGAUAAAACUCAUCUAACUACUUUGGUGAAAGGGACAUUUGGAUAUCUUGAUCCUGAGUACUUCCAGUCCAGUCAAUUUACAGAAAAGAGUGAUGUAUAUAGCUUUGGAGUUGUUCUUGUUGAGCUCUUGACUGGAAAAAGACCAAUUUCUUCCGAUAGAACUGAAGAGGAAAGGAGUUUAGCGACUAGAUUUUUGUUGUGCAUGGAAAGAAACAAUCUUGAAACAAUUCUUAACUCCCAAGUUUUAGAGCAAGGUAAAAGAGAAGAAUUGACUGCCGUUGCAAAAGUUGCACAAAGGUGCUUAAAUUUGAAUGGGAAAAACAGGCCAACUAUGAAGGAAGUAGCCAUGGAGUUGGAGAGUAUUAAAAUGUCUCAAACGCUUUCAACCUCUGUAGAAACAACAUUUGAAGGAGUAAGGCUUCUCAAUGGAGAAUUAGCAAUGCUCCCGGAUGCUGACUACACGUGGACAAGUAUUUCUGAGAGCACCUUCACAUCAUCCGACGUCACUCCAUUUAUGACUAAAACAUUUUGAUUUUAAAUAGCAUUUAUAGGCAACAAGAAGUAGAUCUUUCUACCAUACGUAGGCAUUUCUAAAACCAUUGUAGCUCUAAUAAGCAUACAGUUUGUGAUUUUUAAUGGUUUCUAUGUUAUGAGGUAGCGGAUCUUUCAGAUUAUGUGAUCUUUCAGAACUAUUUCCUCGUUUGCUGUAAAGUCAAAUUUUAUCGAUUCUCCAAUGUAAGUUCAUUUCCAUAUCAAAUAGAGACAUUCAUCUCUCUCUCCCUCCC